CCUCUCUGGGAAGUAAGGGACAAACAGUGCUGCCCAUAGAGGGAACAAGAGUCAUUUGGGGAACAAAAGAAAUUUCCAGGGACAGAGUCAUUCAGGGAGGGAGGGAUAGAUAAAGCUACAUGUGUCUGGCUGGGUUACAGAGCAAAGAAUAGAGAAGUGUCUGAAAACAGCUAUCUGAGGACGAGGUGAAUUGUUGGAGGAGGGGACAGGAGAGAUAGCAGAGCUAUUUCAAGAGUGAGCAGUAGAAGGGAACAAGAAUCCACGGACGGUCUAAGCGAGGAAGGGUCCAGAGGCAGUGAGGGAAGGCCAGGACCAGGGCCGAGGCCAGGGCAGGCACGAUCGCUGAGGGGAUGAACUUCACAGUGGGUUUCAAGCCGCUGCUAGGGGAUGCACACAGCAUGGACAACCUGGAGAAGCAGCUCAUCUGCCCCAUCUGCCUGGAGAUGUUCUCCAAACCAGUGGUGAUCCUGCCCUGCCAGCACAACCUGUGCCGCAAGUGUGCCAACGACGUCUUCCAGGCCUCGAACCCUCUGUGGCAAUCCCGGGGCUCCACCACUGUGUCUUCCGGAGGCCGUUUCCGUUGCCCAUCUUGCAGGCAUGAGGUUGUCCUGGACAGACAUGGCGUCUAUGGCCUGCAGAGAAACCUACUAGUGGAGAACAUUAUCGACAUUUACAAACAAGAGUCUUCCCGACCACUGCACUCCAAGGCUGAGCAGCACCUUAUGUGCGAGGAGCAUGAAGAGGAGAAGAUCAAUAUCUACUGCCUGAGCUGUGAAGUGCCCACCUGCUCUCUCUGUAAGGUCUUCGGUGCCCACAAGGACUGUGAGGUGGCCCCCCUGCCCACCAUUUACAAACGCCAGAAGAGUGAGCUCAGCGAUGGAAUCGCAAUGCUGGUGGCCGGCAACGACCGCGUGCAGGCAGUGAUCACACAGAUGGAGGAGGUGUGCCAGACCAUAGAGGACAAUAGCCGGCGGCAGAAGCAGUUACUAACCCAGAGGUUCGAGGCCCUGUGCGCGGUGCUGGAAGAACGCAAGGCUGAGUUGCUGCAGGCGCUGGCCCGCGAGCAGGAGCAGAAGCUGCAGCGCGUGCGGGGCCUCAUCCGCCAGUACGGAGACCACCUGGAGGCUUCCUCUAAGCUCGUGGAGUCGGCCAUCCAGUCCAUGGAGGAGCCACAGAUGGCGCUCUACCUCCAGCAGGCCAAGGAGCUGAUCAAUAAGGUCGGGACAAUGUCGAAAGUGGAGCUGGCAGGACGGCCAGAGCCGGGCUAUGAAAGCAUGGAUCAGUUCACCGUGAGCGUGGAGCACGUGGCCGAAAUGCUGCGGACCAUCGACUUCCAGGCGGGCGCUUCCGGGGAGGAAGAGGAUGAGGAGGUGGCGUUGGAGGGGGAAGAGGGCAGCGCGGGGCCAGAGGAAGAGCGGCCGGACGGGCCGGAAGGCACCGGCGGGCACUGACCCGCCCCCGCUUUGGGGAGCCCGCGCACCUGGGGCCUGGCGCUCGGGUCGCGGAGGACCUGCGCAGAGACCACCGCGCCACACAGCUCGGCGCCCCGCCGCGGGGGAGGGACUCAAUAAAGGGCUAACGAGUCCAAACCCGCA